UGUUAUUAUAGACUUCCCAUUAACUGUCUCCACUGACACCCAUGAGUUUAGCAUUAUAGAGGAUAUAAAUUGAUUUGUGCAUUCGGCCCAGCCAGAGCCAACAUGAAGACAACCACAGUCUUGGUUCUGGUGACUUUGAUUGCCAUGGAGAUGGACAAGGCCUGCGCUCUGUCUUCUCACGGAGAAUUACAAAAACCUGGAGCUUGUCCCAAGGCACCCCUACAUGAUGUUGGAACUUGCAAUGAGAGAUGCUCAGGAGAUGAAUCAUGCCCUGAUAAAAUGAAGUGCUGCAGGAAAGGGUGUGGUCAUGUCUGCAUGAGGCCUGUCUUUAAAACGGCUGACAGUCCUGUGAAUAAUGGAUUCAGUACUUGUAAGCAUGACUGAUGACCAGUCCCAGAAGAUUUCUUCCGAAUCCGGCCCAUGCUUGCUGACUCCCCAGCCCUAGAACUACAUCCGUAGAAAAUGAAGAUCCAUGAUGUGGUGACUGCUUCCUAGUGUCUGUGUCCAAAAUAAAUGAUUCUUAGCAUUCUCUUGCUGAA